AUGGAAGCUGUGGGGAAGUUUGAGGUUUUUCGGCUUCUGCAUCGCGUUAUAGUGUUCGCCAUUGCUCUUUGGUACGUGGUCAUCUCAGUCAAAACGUUUGUGGCGCCUAUUACAGUUCUACGAGGCUUCGAGUCCAAUGACUUGGGGACCACCAUUCACGAGUCUAAGCUUAUUGUCGCCUAUGCUGGAGAUGCAACGAUCAACGAGAGUCCACUGGCUCAGAGGGUUCUCAAAGGAUCGACCGCUCUGAGAGGCGACUCGACUUUCCUCUUGACCGACAACGAGAUUUCCUUCACCGAGUGCACAAACGUUCCCGGAUAUGACGAAUCCUCGCACGCUACGAGAGAUCUCGAAUAUCUUGCAGAGGUUGAGUUGAUCGCUCCUGUUAUCGAUUGUUCACUUGAUCUGAUCGUCGCAACGGAUGAAGCCGUGACGCAACUACGAAUGUACUUUUUGAUGCUGGGUCGGCAGUACCAGAGUGGAGCAGCUUUGCUCGUCAUUCUCGCACCCAUCAAAGACAUGCAAGCUACGGAAGUGACGCACCAGUUUGCCAUAGCUUUCAACUACCCAUACGAGUCUGAGCCUCACUUUACGAGUGCUGAGUUCCUGGGCAUUGAGAGUGACAAUUUCUGGCUUUUUAAAAGCUUUCCCCAAAUCCACAGUGUCGACCCGGCAAGGGAAGUUCGUACAGCGUAUCGGAUGGGAGGCUACAUUGACGACCCCUGGCACGCAUUCGCAUCUCUCCACGAUUCGUGGGCGUGGACACACAGUAUUCACGGCAUCUUCGCUAUCGAUGUGCUGGGCAUCUUUUGGGUAGGUGACGCGUUUGCUACGAUCUCGAAUGCGCUUCUCUAUCGUGGCGUACUCCUCUGUCUUGCCAUCGGAAGCGAACUGACUGGCCGUCGUUCAGUUCACUAUCGUCCCGAAUUGGCUCACGCUGAUCUGCUCACUUUUUUCUUGAACGUGACGAGUGUUCUAAGCUACUUUUUCCACGAGAGAAUCGACCCGGUGCUUGCGUUUGCUGCAUUCGAGCUCGGCUUCAGCUAUCGUGUCGCGCUAGUGGAUGCCCUACCGGCUUUGCGGAAAGUUGUAGUCGACUUUGCGGAGGAAGACUACUGGCUAGGUGUCAUCAACGUCAGUCCGUUCCUCGCGAAGCUUUCGCCAAUGAAAUUCUGGACCAUUCACGAGAUCACAGUGGACCGUAAGACUGUCGUGAUAUCGACGGUUAUCUGUAUCUUCAGUCCGAUGAUAUACUUCGACACAGGAGAAGAACAGCUAACUUCAUUCGAAACAGCUACAGGUGCGGCUUUAAGCAAGCGCUACGGGCGCUACGCCUCCAUCGACGCCGUCUAUGGGAAUGGAUAUCUCAUUGCAAAUCACAAAUAUCUGGUGGCGACCGAGGAUAUUUUUUCAGUGCUGGCCAUGAAGCUGACCCGUGUGCGCUUUACCAACAUCUACGUGUACACGAUCUUGCCGAAUGGCGGCGUGAACCAAACUGCACAGCUAGUGUAUCCACGUACCAUUCCGUGGUCGGAUCUAGCGCACCUAGGCGUCGUAAAACUUGCAUAA